GUUAAAAAAUCAUAGAAAUGCCAUCUCCACAAUAGGCUAAGUUUAAAAAAAAAUUACCGUAAAUGUACAAGUCAAGGCGCAAAUGAAAGAAAAACGGGACUUUAAUCUGGCUAUCGCUUAUCAGAAUAAAUUGUGUCAAUAUCUUGGGAGCGAGUUGAUCCCAACUCGUCUUUUAAUUACUAACUCCAGAAGUGUGGCUCUCCACCUAUCGCAGCACCCAUGAAUAAUUAAAUCCUAAACAUUGAUAUAUUACGUGCGUAAGUAUCUGUAGAGGAGUCUUUGAAGGCAAAUAGUACUGCGGUCACUUGAAUUGAGUACGACGUUCUCUUAGGACGGUGUUAUCCAUUGUUGAGUCCUCAGGUGGCUGUAGAGACCGAUCCGGGAUCCACAUACUCUGGUGCAGUGUCAAAAAUCAAAAGCAAAUAAAAGUAUAAUAUACUCCUAUGGUAGAUUGCAUUGUAUGUGGACUGAGGAAAGUUGGAGGUGAACCCUUGCUCUGUAAUUUAAAACUUGCUUUGUGGACGGAGACAGGAUGCAGCCGAAGAGACAAUGAGUAACACACAGCGGUAGAAUUGUUGGAAGAAUGUAGUGAAACCUUGGUGAUUAAAUAGGUUUGGAUCAGUGAUUAAUUACACCUGAAAUAGCGCGGAUUAAAAAAAAUAUAAGAAACAAGACUAGAAUUACUUUAUAUUGACAAUGAAGUUGCCAAGUUCAGCUAACCAGUUCACAGAUGAGAAAUGUGACAUGCUCCCCAGUUGGUGUGGUUCGGUGAGUAACACUUCUUUCCAGUCAGCAAAUUGUGGGUUCAAGUCCCACGCUGAAAACAUUGGCAUGAAGAUCGAGACUGUACGAGGAUGGCUCUUAGAUGUCUGCUUUUUCCCAUUUAUCAUUGGGUCUGGAAUGUGUAUCGUUACGGGUCUGCAGAUGAGAUAUUGUUCCUUGCAAUGGAAUAGUGUUCAAGGUGGAAUGCAGAGCAAGUUUGAGGCUUAAGGUGCUUGAAAACAUGCAAAUUAGCAGCACUAAUGACCACUUGGCCCAAUUGGUUCAUAUUUAAUGAGAUCUUCAUUAUUCUGAUUUUUAACCUCAACUCUGCAUUCCUUUCACCCUUGUUUAUCCAAAUUAUCUAACUCACAAAAAAAUGGUUCCCAGCUUUGUAGAAUAAUUCCAAAGACCCUUGAUCUUCUGAGAAAACUGAUUUCCCUCUACCUUAAAUGGAUAACCCCUUACUUUUAAGAGGGAGCCCUUAAGUUUAGAUUCUUCCGCUAGAAGAAGCAUUUUAUCUAUACCUGCCCUCAGAAUUUCAAUUAAAACCCUUCUCCAGUAGAUACAGCCCAGCCUGUUCAUCCAUCCCAGGUUGCUUUGGCUGGUAAACCUUAUGGGAACUGCUUCCAACACAGCACAUUAACGACGUCUUUCCUUAAAUAAAGUACUACAUACAGAUGGCCUUUCAUUUCUAACCGAGCUCUUCCUCAAAUGUGUCAAACUGGAGGCUGUGGUAGAACACAGGACCCUACGGAAAAUUCUGGCAAUUCUGGAUGAUGUUUCUCACCCUCUGUAUGCUACUUUGGCUGAACACAGGAGUACGUUUAGUAAUAGAGCAAGACAAAACGCCUCUCUCUCUCUCUCUCUCUCUCUCUCUCUCUCUCUGUUUUGCUUUACGGCGGUUGGCACCCAGCUUAAUGGUGCAUUACCGCCACGACAAAACGCUUAAGAGCACUCUAUGAAGUCAUUCUCAAACUCGGCCAUUCGGCUCUAUAAGUGGUCAGCCUAUAGCCGGAGAAGUGAUGACCCCCCCCCCCCGCUAGCCUUUUUUGGGGCAACUUGCUUUUUUUUUAAUUCUUUCUUACCUCACUUCUAAUAUUUGUAUAUCUGUGCACUUGUAAUGUUACUGUAAUUUCCUUUGGGAUCAAUAAUGCAUCUAUUUCCGCCCCUCUCGAGAGCCCUGAAUUCAAAUCAGAUUCAGCCCGCGUCCGCCAACCAUUUCCAAUCCGCCUCUGUUCCACCCAACUCAACGACAAUUAACCCUGACAUGCCCCAUCUCUCUCCUGCUCUGCACUGAACUCUAUUUGGAUUCGCUUCUAGUGUCCGGGUUGAAAUUAUAAUGUUGCUAAGCGUUCUUGGUUUCCACACCGUCCCUUUAUAUUUUUGAUUAAUGCUGCUGAUAAGUUAUGAUCCCAACGGGGCUUCUGUUUGAAUUAUUCGUCGCUACGUUUGGUACUUUAAAUUUUAAAGACGCACCCGCCCCCUUUUUUUCCUCCUGUUACACGCGUGGGACUCGAUAGGGUGUUACGAAGGCUUGAUUGUCAUCCACGUCAUUGCACUUUAAGCCCAGUUCCCUCUGUGGGCUGUUAAAUGUAUUUCCUCUCCUGGAUAUAGGAACACGUUCCGCAGUUCUACCGCAGAAACAGAGCUAUCCAGGCGUUCGCCAAAUCAACAAAAUGUGGUCUUAGCACGGAGGUCUGGCCCAUCUCUUGCAAACCUACCCCAGCCCGCCUGUCCCUCAUGGAGAAGCCGGAGGUUCAUUCGAGCCUGUGCAUACCUCGGAACUUCAGCUGCAUAGCCAGUCUCAGUGGCAGCUUGGCUGGGGAAUAUGUCGGCUGUGGAGCGGAAGGAGAGCUCGACUGUCACCCCAAAUGUCACCAACAGGAGAGGAGCCGAGAAGGGUCCAGCAACUGUGGUGGUCAUCCCAGCCCGGGUCAACGCAGGAGAGCCAAGUCGCUGCCAGCCCCCGCCGAGCGAGGAGCCGCCUCUCUGGAGACAGCGUCUACCUGCCGGGCCAGGAGGAAAAGUGUCCGCUUUGCAGACUCAUUGGGUUUGGAGUUGACCACCAUCAAGCACUUCUGCGAUGCUGACGUGCCCCAGAUCCCGCACCGGGUUAUGGCUCGGCUGAGGAACGAACGACCCGAUUGCCUGCUGCCCACCAACAUGAUGGACAUUCUAUUGGACAACCCAGCCCACACCCUGGAGCCCACGUUCAGCAACCCCGUCAGCUGUGCCGGCUUCCUGGAGAGGGUCAGGACGGAUAAGGUGUGUCUGGAGUCCUUCUCCACUGACCAGUUCAGUAUCCUGGGGCUCAUCAGGGUCUCCAAUAUCGCCUUUGAGAAGCAGGUGGUAGUCAGGUAUACUCUCAACCAGUGGACCUCUUUCGUGGACAUUGUAGCCAGCCACAGCUCGCACUCUCCGGACGGCCAGACUGACACUUUCUUCUUCAAAUUGAUCACCCCGCUCUUUCUGGACAUGGGUGGAACUAUGCAGUUCGCCAUCCGCUACUUGGUGGCAGGACAGGAGUUCUGGGACAAUAAUAAAGGUCUUAACUACCAGGUUGUAAGUCACAAGGUUAAAGUCUCCCCUCCCAAGGACUGGGAAAAUGGCUGGAUUCACUUCAUUUGAACGGAAAAGAGGAAACUUUCUUUACCGUGUCUGCAUGGUGGUGUUUGAGAGUCGCAUCCGGUCUAUCUUGUCUCCUGCAAGGUUUCGGUUUCUGUUUGAAAGUUUUAAGUCGUGGGGACCACUGAAAACUGGAAAUCCUCCUUGACUGAUUCCAUUCAGUGUUGUGGCGGGGAAAGUUGUCCUCGGUCAUUAUAAGCAAUAAGUUGAGUUCAGUUUCCGUGGUGAGGUGGGAGGGUCAAUGUUUUUAUGAUCAGGUAUACACGAAUAGAAAUCACCGACUUACCACGUUAAUUUUUGUUUUCCGUCUCCACGGAGGCUGCCUGCUGAGUAUGUCCAGCACUUUGUGUUUGAAUAAGCUCGAGCAGUAACGGGUGUAAGGGUAACCUGUGAAAUUAACCACGCGAGACUUCUUUAGCAGCUACAGGGAGAGGUGACUAAAUUUCAGCCGACUUCCAAACUUGAGCCCUUUAUAUAAACCUUUUUUUAAAGAAAAGUUUUUUAAACCCUUUUUAUAAAGUGCACUUUGCAUUUCCAAAAUGGGACUUUUACUUGACUGCUUAAUCAGCUAAUAAUAUAACUAAUUUUGAAGACUUGUACCACCUUUAGAAAAUAAUGUCUGGACAACCUUUUCAUCACCUUUGCAAACACUUCAUAACCCUACAUGCCACUUGCAGCAAAUGAAUGCAGACAUCCUUUGACUCACUGGCAGUUCUCCAAGGAGGAAACCAGAAUAACCUUUCAGAAUUGACACGGGUGCUGAUGACAGGGGGUGAAUUGCUUAUUAGGGUCUCUGGGAGCUUCCUGCAAAGGAAGUCCAGACACAAAUAAUUUCUGUGUGGACCAAGUGUAAUUGAACAUAGUAAGCUCCCAGGGAGUGGUGUUGAGGUGUAAGUAAUUAAAUUAAAUUGUGGGAGUAUCAUCCUGAGUGCUAUAUGCGCAUAAAUCUGUAACGGAUAAAGCCAAAGGAUCUGAUUCUUGAAAUAUAUAAAAUGGUCUGCAAAAGAUAUAAAAUAGUAUGUUUAAAGAUUUCUGUAAUAAUUAAAUGUAACUCUUAAAAAGUUUUAGAGUUUGUGAAGGUGUAUGUGUGGUGGGGAAGACAAAAACACUGUGCCCUUUGGCCAAAAGACAGAUACCUUUAGGUUUCAUUCAUUGGUUCUUUAAAAUAUAAACCUUCCAAAACCCCUGCUUAAACCACAAGGUAAAGGUGGACAAUUGCAUCAGCAUUAGUAGCAUCUCAUGUUGCAGAUUUUAAGUUUGAUGAUGCAAUUAUAUUGCUGCUGAAUCAUUUUGGUGUACGUUGAAGGUGUAGCAAAAUGUCAGGUUUGUAGAGAAUGGCUCAGCUAUUUUAUUUUCACUGUUUACUGUGUGUACAAUCUACUUGGCAAUAUGAUUAGUGUGUCCAAUUAAAUAUUCGCUGGCAUUUUUGUGGAUGAAAUAUACCUUUAAAAUGAAAGCAGUAUCUUUGCAAUUGGUUUGGCAUCAGUAUUGCUCUUAAACAAGAGAAAGUCUGCAGAUAUUGGAAAUCCAUAGCAAUUCAUACAAAUUGCUGGAGAAACUCCAGCAUUCUGUGAGUGAUCUUAGUUGGCCAGCAGGAGGAUAAGAAGUUUUGCUUGAUGUAGACCAUGGUGGACAUGAUCAAAUUCAAUUUCCCAUUUAUUUACAAGCCAAAAUAUAUGGAACUUAAUAGCCCAUUGGUACCCAGAAGAGCAAUUCUGCUUACCUUUUCCCUAGCUCUUUCCCUAGCAUUGCCAAAUUAUUCUCUCAUGUGAAAAUCAUAAACAAGAGAUUCUGCAGAUUUUGGAAAUCCAAAGGAACAGACAUAAAAUGUUGCCCCUACAACAUGUAUGGAGAGGAAUGUUUCAGGCUGAGGAGUCUCCAGAGAAAAUCACUAACCUACUAAGUUCCUUCAGCAAUGUGCGUUUCUCUCAAGUGAAUGCGCAUUUCCCAUUUGAAGGUGCUGAUUGAUUCUAUUUCCACCUCAAUACAGGCAGAGUUCCAGAUCAUUAUUGUCUACAUGCUUCAUUGUUUCCCUUGAAUCUUCCAUCCAAAAAAAUCUUUGCCACAGCUGUUAAAUCUGCUUCUAUCUAAACCACAAUCUGCUACCCCUUUGAUAAAUCUCAAGUUGUCUUUGCCUUAAACAGAACAAGUCCACCUUCUCCAGUUUAACCCAAUAACAGAAAUCCUUUAUCCCAUGGAGUCAUUAGUACUUCCUGGCCAACUUUUGAGAAGCAUACAUAUGAUAUGGAAUUUAAUACAUUAUAUAGAACUUUAAGUAGGGUGCAAAGUAUUAGCUGUUCACAUGAUGAUUAGAUUUUCCAAAAAUUGAGCUCUGAAGUUUCAAAUAAAACAGAAGUGGGUAGUGUAGACAUGUCAAAUAUGAAGAUAUUAAGCUUUAAGCCCAGGAAGCUUCCCAUAUCAAUUUGAGUAGAUAAGUGUGUUUACUGCUACACUUAUUUUAGUUUUUUUAAAAACUUAAUUGCUUUUCCACUGUACAUAACACAUUUAGAUCAUUUUUUAAAAGAACAAUAUUACAUUCAUUUUGACACGAGCUGUAGGAAGACUGGAGAAACCCACAUUAUUGAUCUUGCAACCGAGGAAGCUGAAAGGUAACUUAAAGAAUUUAAAUUUCUGAGGGAGGUGUCAGGUGAAACUGCUUUCACUGACAGGUGAGCCAGGGUAAAUAGCUAAAGAAUGUACAAUAAAUUAUCAUAUUUGGAUUGCACAGGCUGAAGGCACACUCAAAGGCAACUGGGGGGGGGGGGAGUGAAGAACUGGAUGAGAAAAGGGGUUUUGGAAAGAAUAAUUAAGUGGGACCAAAUCCAUAGUCAUCACAGACUGGAUGAGCCAAAUGACAUCUGUCAUUUAUAUGGCCUUUGCUAUGACUUAAAAUCAAUUACAGUUAAAAUUACAGAUGUUUAUAUUAAGGAUUGUGUCAGCAUGGACUUAUUUCCAGAGUUGCUUCACUUAAUGUGUUUUUUUUUAAAUGGCUUCCUAAAACAAAAAAAAUACUUUAUUUCAUUAACCAACCAAGGAAAAACACAUAAGUUAUAUUUGAUUAGACUUGAAUACUUGUAACUCAGUGCAUGCAUUAGAAUUAUUCCGGGAUAGCUCCUAUUGCUGUGCUGCUGCAGAUUAGUUGUGGCUUUAUUUGUACCUUAAAAUAUAAAGCGUUCAGAUUGUUUGAAGCCUGAGCAGUUUUGAAGGUUAGAAGUGAGUCCCUUUUAUUGUACGUUCAAAGUAAACUGAAUUUGCUGGUGUGCCAAUUUUGUGGUAUUGUUCUGAGUAAAGUUCCCAUAAAUUAUUUUGAAACCAGGUGAAUUUAAGGGAAAUGCCAAUUUCUUUAACAUUAUUUCCAGUGUAUGAGGAAACCUGCAGUAUUGGGCCACACUUAGCCUGCACCCUAAUCUUAAACUCCCUUUUCCUGUGAUUUCCACUUCCCCACUGCUCAACAUCUCCAGGGUACAGGUUCUAGUGUAGAUUGUAAUCUAAAUGAUCAUUCUUUAAUGUGUGGUCUAGGUGCUUACUGAUAAAUAACCUAAUCAGUUGGAGAUUUAAAGUUCCACACAGACGGGAAAUAAAUGUUGCCAAUGUUUAGAAGUAGACACUAAAGUUUUUGACAACAGUUGCAAAGUUUGGAAAAAGGAAGACAAUCGAAUGUAUGUGCCAUAUCUAGUAUCUACUGUUUUUUUUUAGUUUUAUUAAUCUCAUUGUAGGCAUGGAUGCAGGAACAGUUCACUUCCCCCCCCCCCACACUAAAACCUGCCCAGCCAUUCAAUGAUUGCUUCUGAUUCAGUGAGUCUCCAGUCCAUUUUCCUACUUCAUUGCCAUGUGCUCUAAACCUUUUACAGUCUGAGCAUUUAACAAGCAGCCUUAAAAAUGAAUGCCUGGGCAUCUGACAAUGAGAUUUACCACAUUUUACACUCUUUUUCAGUCCUAAACCCUUUAUCCUGAGAUAUUGCCCUCAAUUUUGGACUCCUAACUAGAAAAAAAAAGUACCUCUUAGCAUCCUCCCAGUUAGAAGUCUGCUCUACACAGUUAGGCAUGGCUGUAAAUAUAACAUUUCAAAUGUCCAGAACCAGAUCAAUAGUACUAAGCACUAAAUAUGGGUCAAGGGCAUUGACUGAGCAAAUCUUCCUGAACUGGAUAAAGUACUAAGCAAUUUGAUGUGGCAAGACCAACCCAGCUUCAGCAUUUUUUUUCAGAAUAGCCGCUCAACCUGACCCACAUCCAGCUUGUAUAGAUGGGGGACUUGGGUGGCUGGGCUCUAUUGAGAGCUUUGGCUAGUCCUAACCAAUUUUUUUUGUAGCAAUUGAGUUUUACUUAGUAAUGUUACAGUGACUACAUGGAAAUGUUUAUAAUUUCUAAAACUACUGAAUUGCCCAUUCUCAGUAUAAGCUCUGAGGUCACUUUAAUAAGUACAGGAGAUACCUAAUAAAGUGGCCAUUGAUGGUAUGUCCAUGGCCUUGUGCUGCUGUAACCCAUCCUUCAACGUUUGAUGGAGCUACUCUUCUGCAUAUCACUGUUGUAAUGUGUGAUUACUUGAAUUGCAUUCACCUUCCUGUCAGCUUGAACCAGACUGUCCAAUCUUCUCUGAUCUCUGUCAUCAACAGGUCAUUUUCACUCUCAGUACUGCUGCUUACUGGAUUGAUUUAUUUUGUUUGCACCAUUCUCUGUAAACUCGUGCAUGAAAAUCCCAGGAGAUUAGCAGUUUCUGAGAACUCAAACUACCCUUUCUGGCACCCACAGUCAUUCCACAAUCAAAGUCACUUAGAUCACAUUUCUUCCCCAUACUGAUGUUUGGUCUGAACAACAACUGAAUUUCUUGACCAUGUCUGCAUGCUUUAAUGCAUUGAGUUGAUGGCACAUAAUUGACUGAUUAGAUAAUUGCAUUAACAAGCUAGUGUACCAUAUAAAGUGGCCACUGAGUGUAUCUCCGUUCCUGGUUUAAGGGGAACUAUAGUUCAUCUUUCUCAUGUAUCAAAACAUUGCCAUUUUACCUCUGCUAUUCUGUUCCAUCAAGAGCAGAUGGCUAUUAUUUUGCAUAGUAGAAGAAUCCAUCUUGAUUAUCAUAUCAACUGUAAGAAAGGCUGAUGAUUAUGAUGCAACUUUAUUGCACUGUAACUGCAUUUUAAAUUACUAUACCUUUUGGUUAAAUAAAUUACUGAGUUACUUCUGUACCAUUAAGUUCUUGUUUAGUUUAACCAGUUGGAUAGCUAAGCAACAUAGAUCAGAAAGAUCCCAGAUUUGAUAAUCUCUGGUUUGUGCUAAAAUGCGUUGGAGGUGACGUGUUUCUGGGAGAUAUGGAAUAAGACCUAUGCCUUUCAUAGUUAAAUAGUUUAAUUCUCUGCUAUCCAGUUUAGGGAAUACCAGCACUCAAUCUUAUUUCCUCAUGAAACUGCAUCCCAACUUUAGUCAAUACAUUGAUGGAGCAGGGAAAUUGGAGAAACUAACCUGGAUUCUUUACUUAAAAAGAAAAAUUCUUUACUUAUAUUUCCAUGCAGUAACAUAAAAAUCUUGUCAACCUUUUGCACAUUAGUGUCACAAAUUUGCAUAUGACUGGCAGUGAAAACCACUUAUUCUGAAUAGGUGUACUAUUUAACUGAUUAAUUCAGGAUACUGAUACAUAAUUUAUGUACUUCAACCUCAUUUAGUUGAAUAACAACCUACACCCAUUAUCUAUAUGUCAUGCUUCUGUGAAAGGUACCAAGAUAUUAUAGAGAAUUAUGGAAUCAUAACAUCAUAGAAGGUAAUGAUUGGAGCAGUUAUAUCUACACUAGCUCCUGUCAUGUAGUUCUCUUUGUCUCACUGACCACCUCCUAUGGCCCUGCAAAUUAUUUUCUUCAAGUGCCUAUCCAUUUUUCUUUUGAAACCUCUAACUCUAUUCUAUCAUCCUAACUUAAGUGAGUUCUGAAGCCUAACCAAUUCCUGUAUUGAAAGGAAAUUAUUUUCCUAAAUUCCUCUAUCUUUUGCCCAUUCUUUACAUAUUUGCCCUCUCCUUGACCUAACUGAUAAUGGGAAGAUGUUUGCUAUAAAACCUUAAGUAAUCAAUAAGAUUGCUCUUCUUCCACACCUUUUCAUUUCAAAUAUGCACAUUAAAGUGUACCUCCUGAUUGUUCAAGUGGUAGACUACAGAAAAUUGUACAUCCAUAAUUAUAGGAGUGCUGUUGACAUGCAACGGUGGAAUGACAUUCACACAUUCAUGAUUUUGAAGUAUGCUAACAUGGAAGAAAACUAUUCACUAUUGUCAUCUUGGAAUUGCUUUCAGAUAAGACACCAGCUCCCAGGCUCUUGUAGAACAAAAUGAUGAUAAGAAAGGGCAACCAAGGGACAGCUCCUAUUCUGAAAGAUAUUUUUGGGCCAGUACAUGUGAGAUGGUACUUGAGAACCACAGAGCUCCCUCCAGUAUCUGUAGAUGGUGUCGCAGCAGAGACAGUCUAAAAUAAACAGACAACAGAUAAGGAAAUCAGUGGAAAGUAAGAUGAGAGAAUAUGCAUGACCUUAACCACCCAUUUAUACAAUUAUUUCUCACCACUGGGAAUUUAAAAUGUGAUUGUGUAAUGUUUUACUGUGAUAAAUGACUGUAUUUUUUCAUGGAUAUAAAGAAUUGAAUCUAUUUUUUAAAAAUUAAACAUCAGCAUAUGUUGUAUUUGAAUACAAUUUCUGUCAGACUGUAACAUUCAGGAUUCAUUAUUUUAUGUGUGUUUUGAAAAUAGUAUUUUUGACUCAUUAUUUUAAAAUUUAAGUCACUGUUUACCCAACUACAGUUUGUAUUUUUUCCCAUUAUGUAAUGGCAGAGUUGGCAUUUGUUUCCAGAUUCUAACUGAACAAGCAACAGGACCUACUGUUAACAUGGACUUAAAGUUUACCUGUAUCAGCAUCCCUUGGUGCAGUUACUAAUUCUUACUGUUUUAAUUUUAUUCUGAAAGAAUAUCUAAUUAAUGGAGAUUUUUGUUUGGAAAAUGGUGAAUUGUCAAUGCUAUGGAAAUGUUAAUGAGUCAUUUUGCACAGACUAGAUUUAUUUGAUAUAGAGCAUUAGGAUCUUCAGGGAGAUUUAUCAGAGGGUUUCCAGAAAACAGUUCUACCAAGGUGUAUUAUUUCCUCCUUGAUCUAUUUUCACAAGUUAUUUUAAAUGCACCAGCAUUCAAACUGCUAGUAAACUUGUACACACUCUCUGAUUUGCUGAAUUCAGUUUAUUUUUUGGUAACUUCAAUGGUUCUUCAUUUGGAAGGUGUUAAGUUUUUUUUAGCUUUGAGAUACUGUCACUUGUGCAAUAGCCUAUCUGUGAACUAUGCAAUAUUAAUCUCAAUUGGUUAUCAGAUCUGCCAAAGUAUUUUAGAUGGAUAUAUAUCAAGCUCCUGUUAUUUUUAGACAUUGUUUUCAUUCAGUGUAGUACAUAUUUGAUCUUUGUGCAAUUCAGGUGGCUACUAUUUGUCCAUGCUAUGUGUCUGCAUGUUGUUUCAUUUUAUGGAGCGAAAACUUGUUAUCAAAAUAAGCUUUAAAAUUAUAUCAAAUGUUUUAUGUCUUGUGUCAAUUUGAAGGGAGUGAUUCUGUAUUGAUUUUAGUAUCUGCAAUGUUCAGUUUGUUGUCUGUACUUAAUGCAGUAAAUCUUGGUGAACAAUUGCAUUUUGUUAUGAUCAAUUAUAGUUUGAUUACAGAAACCAAACUUGUCCAUUGACUAUUCUAGGCCAAGUUGUCUACAUACAAAAUAGUACCAUUGUAUUUUCUAUUUGUGAACCUUGUAGUGUGGAAACAUAGGUUUAUAUUUUUGUACGAUGAUGUCAAUAAACUUCUGUGUUGCA